GAGGAGUGAAGUUUGUAGAAUAAGAAGGGCCCAAGUCGAGGAUUAUUGAACAUGGCAGCGGCAACAGACUCUUUCGAUACUUGGCUGAGUAAGAAAUUGCAAGCUUUGAACACUGACGAAGGUGUAUUUGGUUCUUACAUAAGGGGAAUAUUAGAAGGCGAUGAAACCGACACUGAGAAAUCCGAAGCGCUCGAAGGAAUCCUCAUGGGAGUUACGGAGAAUAAGAUCGACGAACACGUUGCCGAGAUACUCGCGGCAUGGGCAGAAUCGUUGACCAAAAAAACACCCACAAAUGAUCUCGCACCGACCGAAGACGUGGACGUCAGGUUGGUCAGGAUGCUCGAAUCCCAGAGCCUGCCCAGAACUACAACCCGGAGCUACACGGAAGAGGAGAGGCGGAUUAGAGAGACGAUACUUGCUCAGUAUAGCCAGAUGUCUGAUAACGAGGAAAGCGAGGGCGAGGGUGAAGAGGAAGGUGCCGUUGGCGGCGAUUGUGGUAUUGAGAAGAACAUGAAUGCAGCCGUUAUCGCCCAUCAGGAACGAGAGAGACGCGAAAGGGCCAAACUGGAGAGUCAGAAGAAGAAGGACAAGGACAAGGAGGAUCGGGAAAAGCAGAAGCAGCUCAAAGAAGAGAAGAAAGAAAAGCGAAAAACUCAGAAAGGGGAGCGACGCAGGUAGCACAGAUACUCUUGCUUCUUGUUGAACGUUUGUUUUGAACUUGUUUUUAAACCCAACCAAAAAUAAUAUAUCUUGCAAGCAUCAGCAAAAUUUUAUCCUCGACAACGAAUAUAAAGUAUACAAUUCACAGUAUACUUAUGAAGAAUCAUAAAAUCCACCCACCAACCCCGCAUCACUCACCUUUGAAACGAAUACGUGUAUAUUUAUUAUCGUGCAUGCAGUGAUUCUAAUUUCCAUUUCAUCAUCGUCAUCAACAAACUCACCCUCCCUCUCUCUCUCUCUCUCUCUUCCCAUUUAU